AUUUUCUUUCUUUGUUUGGUUGCAGCACCUAAGCACACGCCGUUUUGCGGCAGUAAUUGCACAUUUCAACACCACAAGCUCCUGCUAAGCCUCCUCAAGUGUUCCAAUUACAAUUAUGGCGCAGCUACAGCUUAUCUAGACUCCUUCAUGAAACAAGUUAAUGAAUACGUGAAUCAACUGGGAAAGUUCUCUUGUGUACGCGCUAAUGCCGACAUCCCUGACCCGGUCGCUUCCUUUAAGUAUCCCUUGGUCCACUGGGCCUGCGUCCUCGGCAAAUUCAAAGUGCUGGAGAGGUUGGCAGCCAUGAAGGAAUUCAAUCUAGGCGUGCAGUCUGAACGCACUGGCGAGACCGGGCUGCACCGAAUGCUGCUGUCCCUUGACCGGGCCAUGGUACGGAAGAAAAGCCCCAGCAAGACCAUUUUAGAGGUCUUUUCAAAGACACUGAGAACGCUAACAGAAAACCUUCCAAGACUUAUCACGAUUUGUAACAAGGAGGGUGACACGCCCUUUCACUGUUUGGCAAAAGUGAUCCUCGAUUGUACGGGCGAGUUGGAGAGAAUGAACACGUAUGAAGGUUAUUUUGAACGUUUGGUCAAAGAGUUGACCCGUCUGAGAUCAACCGGAAAACUCACGCCGGAUGUUGUACGAGAACUUCUUUUGAAGACCAACAACAGCCAGGAGACGUUUCUGCACAUCUUGGCCUGCAGACACGGGGUGGGGCAUCGCGUUAUAAAGAGCGUCCUGAAAAACAUCGACCCGGAAAUCAUGGAAGUCCUUAAGGAAACUGUUGACGCCCAAGGCAAAACCCCGUCUGAUCUCGCCGAGGAUUUGAGCUCGUACGAAAUGGCGGGAAUUCUUCGGCCACGGGACCAAGAUUGGAACAACGUAGGUGGUAAUGAUGACCCUGUGGAGGAGUUCCCUGAGGAAGAGCUCCCUCAGGGGGAGCUCCCUGAGGAGGGGCUCCUUGAGGAGGAGCUCCCUGAGGAGAAGCUCCCUGAGGAGGAGCUCUCUGAGGACGAGCGCCCUUUGAAGGACCUACUGCAGACCCCUGAAAAAGAUGCCCCACCAGACUCUUCGCCCAUACAUUCACCACCAGCUACCCUUUUUCACCCUAUGGAGUAUGCAAUGAGUCCCGUCAUUCCAGAUGGCGCUGCUGCUCGUGUCAGGCUGUUUACAGUCAAGAAGGAACCUGGAGAAGUAGGUCAUUUAACGGCGCCUUCUAGAGAAAGCCCAGUCAUAGUGAACGACUUGCCUUGUCCUUCUGACAUUUCGGAUAACACGCCAUUGCCUCCGGUCGUGAAGACGUCGCCCGGAAAAGCAAGCUCUACGUCACUUCCGCCAGCUGAUGACGGCAUGGUCGUUGCGGCUUCCUGGUCAGCCAAUGGUAACUCUGGAAAUAACACUGAGUCUGCGACAACCAAUCACAUUAAGGUUACCAAUGUAGCACACCCUACAGCAAAUCAGAGCAAGAACAACAACGAAGAGUCUUCCAUUAUCUCCGGUAUUAGGACCAUGCCUCGAUCUGAGAAGAAGAACUUCUUGAACUCCUUGCACGCCAAGUUUCAACAGGAGUUGGUCCAAGCUCGGAGGGGUCUGGAGGAGAAAGAGGAGGCCCUCGCGCAAGUGCGUCAGCGGAUUACCAACACGGAGGAACGGAGACAGAAGCUGCUGCAAGAACUCCAAGAAACCUGGAACGAGAUGACUGAGGCCACGCGAGACGAAGGUAUGCUACAGGCGGAAAUUACGGCGAAGAAAAGGGAUUGCGAAAGAUUCGAAGCGGAGCUGACCAAGUAUGAGGCUUCGCUGAAAGCGAUAGUUGAGUAACUUGUAGACAAACCUUAACUUCGAUAUUUCAAAUACAGUGAAAACCCACGUGUAAGAACCUAAUGGCGGUUUAGGAACCUGCUGGCAGAAAUUUGCAAUUUUAAUACCCAAAGGUGUAAGAACC